UGUAAUACACAUACGCAUAUGUAUGUACAUACAUGCAUUUGUGUGCAUUUAUGUAGCACACAUAUAUAUAUUGUGUACAUAUAUCUAUGCACGUAUGUUCGUGUGUGCAUUUCCUUCUGUGAACAAAUUAGGAUCAUUCACACCUGUUAGCAUGAACAGCGGGAAACAGACAUGUCUGAUAAAAGUGACCUAAAAGCUGAGCUUGAGCGCAAAAAACAGCGCUUAGCACAGAUAAGAGAAGAGAAGAAGCGGAAGGAAGAAGAGAGGAAAAAGAAAGAGGCAGAUAUGCAGCAGAAGAAAGAACCAGUUCAAGAUGACUCUGAUCUGGAUCGCAAGCGACGAGAGACAGAAGCUUUGUUGCAAAGCAUUGGGAUCUCACCGGAGCCCCCUCUAGUCCCAACCCCUAUGUCUCCCUCCUCGAAAUCAGUGAGCACUCCCAGUGAAGCUGGAAGCCAAGACUCGGGCGAUCUGGGGCCACUAACAAGGACCCUGCAGUGGGACACAGACCCCUCAGUGCUCCAGCUGCAGUCAGACUCAGAACUUGGAAGAAGAUUGCAUAAGCUGGGUGUGUCAAAGGUAACGCAGGUGGAUUUCUUGCCUCGAGAAGUAGUGUCCUACUCCAAGGAGACCCAGACUCCUCUUGCAACCCAUCAGUCUGAAGAGGAUGAGGAAGAUGAGGAAAUGGUGGAACCCAAAAUUGGUCAUGAUUCUGAAGUGGAAAACCACGACAAGAAGCAGGAGGUGAAGGAAGCCCCUCCAAGGGAGCUGACUGAAGAAGAAAAGCAACAGAUCCUUCAUUCAGAGGAAUUUCUCAUCUUUUUUGAUCGAACAAUACGAGUUAUUGAAAGAGCGCUGGCUGAAGACUCUGACAUCUUUUUUGACUACAGUGGUCGAGAGUUAGAGGAGAAAGAUGGGGAUGUGCAGGCUGGAGCCAACCUUUCUUUCAAUCGGCAGUUCUAUGAUGAGCAUUGGUCCAAGCAUCGAGUGGUCACUUGUAUGGACUGGUCUCUCCAGUACCCUGAGCUAAUGGUUGCUUCUUACAACAACAAUGAAGAUGCUCCCCAUGAACCAGAUGGUGUGGCCUUGGUUUGGAACAUGAAGUUCAAGAAAACCACACCAGAAUAUGUCUUCCACUGUCAGUCCUCUGUGAUGUCAGUCUGUUUUGCACGCUUUCAUCCUAAUUUGGUGGUUGGUGGAACUUACUCGGGCCAGAUUGUCCUCUGGGACAAUCGCAGUCAUCGAAGGACACCUGUUCAGCGGACUCCUUUGUCAGCUGCUGCACACACUCAUCCUGUGUACUGUGUCAAUGUUGUUGGAACCCAGAAUGCUCAUAACCUCAUUACUGUCUCCACCGAUGGUAAAAUGUGUUCCUGGAGCCUGGACAUGCUCUCAACUCCACAGGAAAGCAUGGAGCUGGUCUACAAUAAGUCUAAGCCUGUUGCUGUUACCGGAAUGGCUUUCCCCACGGGAGAUGUCAAUAACUUCGUGGUUGGCAGUGAGGAGGGUACCGUCUACACGGCUUGUCGUCAUGGAAGCAAAGCUGGCAUUGGUGAGGUCUUUGAAGGUCACCAAGGGCCAGUGACAGGAAUUAACUGCCACAUGGCAGUUGGCCCCAUUGACUUUUCUCAUCUGUUUGUGACAUCAUCAUUUGACUGGACUGUCAAACUGUGGACCACAAAGCACAACAAGCCCCUGUACUCCUUUGAAGACAAUGCAGACUAUGUGUACGACGUCAUGUGGUCCCCCGUGCAUCCCGCGCUCUUUGCCUGCGUGGACGGGAUGGGGCGCUUGGACCUCUGGAACCUCAACAAUGACACCGAGGUUCCAACAGCAAGUGUGGCCAUUGAGGGAGCGUCUGCCCUAAACCGUGUUCGCUGGGCCCAGGCUGGCAAAGAAGUUGCCGUGGGAGACUCAGAAGGCCGCAUUUGGAUCUACGAUGUUGGAGAGCUUGCAGUGCCCCAUAAUGAUGAAUGGACACGGUUUGCCAGGACCCUGGUGGAGAUUCGGGCCAACAGAGCUGACAGCGAGGAGGAGGGCACCGUUGAAUUAUCUGCCUAGAUGUGAAAAGAAGGCACUUCUGUGAAGCCUGUGCCUUCACCUGCUCGAACCCAGAAUCUGCGCUCAGAUUCAUUGUGCUGUGCUCAUUGUCCAUUCACUAUCAGUAUUGCUUGACAUUUUGGGUGCCAUAUUGUGUUAGCCUUCCCCAAAUCUUCCAAGUGUAUUCCUUCUAUGCUUUCUACCCACCUGAAAUUCAGCAGAGCAUUGCUAUCUUUAUAUUGCUGUCUCAAAAAUAAAAAGGUUGUUGGGGGGACCCUUAGGGGCUAGGGGCUUAGUUGUUGCCUUUUAACUACUUAGUAGCUGUAUUUAAUAGCUGGAAACCUCUGGUUAAAUUUGUGCUUACAUGUACUUCUGGUAUAGUCCUAUUAAAUCCAUAUGAAGCCAGAUAGAUUGGGUGCAGAUGUGGCGAGCCUCACGGUAUGGUACAGGGCCAAAGACUUGCGAUGUGGUGUUUUACAUGGUGACUCACAUUAUGAAUGGAUUUACUACAAGAACAUUGCUGCUUCUUAUUUAUUGUAGCGUGCUGCAUGGAACAUAUUUAUUUGAAAGCAUUAAAAUAAACGAUCCUAGAGCAUGUGCAUAAUGAGAGGACUGUAUUUUUUCUGCUGCUGUUGAGGUUACAUUAAAUUCCAAAUUACAAUUACAGUAUGCCAGUUCCACUGAGAACACAAAGUCUUUAGAGGUUUGUUGUAGUGAUUGGAAUGACUUUUAAUGCCUAUUAUUUCUAUGUAUUUUAACAAUAUUUCAAAUGUACUUGACCAUUGAUACUUGUCAUUUAAGCUAGCACAGCCCAACAAACAUUUUGUGGUUCCUAAAUAUGACACCAGUAUUGCCAAUAAAAUGUUCUGACACCUGCAA